UCUAUAUAGCAGUGGCAUCCACAUUCAGCAGUACCUCUUUGGACAUUUUCUUGUAGUGAAUGGUUCUUUCCUUACUCGUCCCUGUUCACUCUCUCAAUCAUCUCUUUUUCUCUUCUCUCUCACUCUACUCAAUUCAGGACACCCUUUUCCUUCUAAUCCUUCUGUACAAGGAAUCCUUCUCCCAUUUGGACAUGAAAAUUAAGAAAAGGAUGAGGGAUAUUGGUUCACUUGAGUGCAUAAUAUCAGCCUGAAGCUCUAUGUAAUUCUCAACAUCUAAAGCCACACAAGAAAAUCAGCAUGCGUUGGUUGGGUCUUUCUGUUGAUGUGUUCCGCCAAGUUAUACAGUUGAACUUAUACUGUAAAGUUAUUCUGUAGAUCAUCAUUUCCUAUAUUUUUUUUGCUUAUGGUCUCUUUGCUUAGCUACUGCCAUGGAUGCCAACCAUUGUCUGAUCGUUUCUUCCGAUAAGUAUAGAAUUGGCUAAAAGAUAGGAAUUGAAGGCAGAUUCUGUUAUUUUGUAUUUUCAAUUGAUUGAGUUGUGUGGUGAGAAACAAAAGAAGUUAUGGUGUGCCAAGCAGCGAGCCAAACAAGAUUCCGGGCAUUAAAACAUGAGUAUGGCAUUGAUGGUAAAGCAACAAUUAUUGUUAGAGUGAUAGCAUGCUUCCAACCCUUGCAUUUUUGUCAGGCUGAGUACUUCCGUCAUUUGCUUAAGCCUGUCACGUAGAUCGAUUCACAUUUCCUUCUCACUAAGCUGGAGUUUGUAGUUUUUGUUUCUUUUUUUCCUUUGUUACUUAGAAAAGCAGCAAGUUUCCAAAGAUCUCAUACAAGAGCACCAUAACAUCUACUAGUCAUUUGUUUUGUUGGAUGGUUAAGGCUGACGGGUCUUUGCCUCGCCCACACCACGUGGCUUGGCAAUCACCUUCUUCAAAUUACUUCAGUAUGCUGCCUAAGCCCAGCUUACUUGGUCUUCCAACAUAUCUGAAUUCAGGCACUUCCAUCUUGCCUGCUGUCAGUACAUUUCAUGGGCUUGCAGCUCCUUCUAUCCCAAGUCUGAAGACCAAGCUAACAAAUGAAGUGCAGGGAUUCCUUCAGUAUCACUAUGCUGACACAAGUUUGAAAGAAACACAUGUUGGAGGAGCUUUACAAAAUGCAAAUCCUUCUUCUUUGCAGAAGAGGUUGCUGAUCUUCGACCGCUCUGAUAAUAAGACAAGGUUAUUUUAUGGUCCUGUCCCUCUUGUCCAGAGUCCAACUGUUACUGCUACAAAGUUUGCUCAAAGUUACGGUGUAAAAGGGGAGGGACAGGCCAGUAAUGUGGGUCAAAAGCAUCUAGCCAGUUACAGUUUACUGGAAGAGUCUGUUAAGGAUCAUGCAGUUAUUGAAGAAAGUGAAAAUCAUGAAGAUACAGAAGAAAUAAAUGCAUUUCUUUAUUCUGAUGAUGAAAGCAGUGAAGAUGACGACGAUGAUACUUGUGAUGAGGUAACAAGUACAGAUCAUUCUCCUUUGGCAACUAAUAAGACUUAUGUGAUACAAGAGCAAUUUAAAGACACUAAGGAGGAGGUUGCUAGCUCUGAUUGGCCUAACAAAAGGCUGAAGUUAUUUGAUGGUGACUAUAAUAGAUCAUCGACACCUGUGGACAGGUAUAGUUUGGUAAGACCAAAUGAAACCUGUGAUUGUGUCAGUGAUGCUGAAUCGAAGAAUUCUAGUGGCUGGGCAUAUUCUGUUGAUAAAACUAAAGUAGAUAAUUCAGUGGCUCACCAUAUCAAAUUUAAAAAGGAUAAGAUCCGUGAAUCGUUGAAAGUUCUCGAGAAUUUAAUUCCUGGUGCGAAAGGAAAGGAGCCACUGUUAGUCAUUGAUGGCACUAUUGAGUACUUGAAAAUUUUGAUGUCCCAAACUGGUGCUCUUGGGGUGAAAUAUCACUAAGUAGUACUCACAGUCACAGCCACUGAUGUUACAGUAUAUUGGUUGAAGGACAAUUCAUGGUGAAAAGAUGUAGCUCUUUGAAUUCUUAGCUUUGUUGGUUGAUAUGUUUAUCUUAGCAUGUUUGCUUCUUGUCUUCUUUAAAUCCUCUUUCUUGAGGUGUACAUAUAUGGCUGGGAAAUAAAGUUUGUACUAAUGCUGAAAUAGAUAGCAUUGCACUUUGGCACUUCGGUUGGAGAAAAAUGCAGGAUAUGGGGUUUCAAUUUGUUGACCAACAUGAUUAUACUGUAGCUAUUUUUGGAGAUUAAAGGUCACAGAUUGAAACUUUGAAGUGAUGGAGAUGGUAGUGGGGGGGCUUUGCUGUAAAUGAGGACACUUUUUUUUCUCUCUCUCAAGUGUUGCACUCUCUCUUGGUGAUUGAACGCACGCGCAUUAGGCAACUGGGGUCCCACUUUCCACCCUCCUUUUUUCAUUCUUUCAAGGUUGCACGCAUAUCAUGCUGGCAUCUACUCUAAAAGUAACAAGAAAGUUUCCUGAUGUUUGGCAGAGUGAUCCUAGUGUUUCAUCAUGAGUUUCUGGGACCCCCUUUGUUUUGGAUAUGUAGCAUUUUGUGGUAAAGGUUACUUUGUUUUACAUGUUGAGGGGAAGAGCGGAAUGAUGACAAGAAAUACUAGUUUCUGCUUUGUAAUUCAUAAUAUUGGUGGUCUAGGUCUCUUUUGGAUGAUUCUAUUAUGUAGCUGUCAAGUGUGUGUGAUUGUAUGAAUAAUUGGAGUGUGAAUGGUUAUGGAAGUAAUUUAUGCAGUUUAUAGUCUAUUAUCAUGCUUCAUGCAUGUUGAUCUUGUCAGUUGUUAGCUGAUGUGGUUUUCAUGUUUGUACAUAUCAUAUCAUUUUCUAUCAAUCUGUGAUUCCUCAUUACAUGUUA